AAAUCGGAGCAGUUGAGAGCAGACCUUCAUGCCGAGCUGUGAAAAGCUCUCAGGUCCACUCUGGACGCUGAUCCAUGAAGCAGCAGCAGCAGCAGCAGCAGCAGCAGUAGCAGCAGCAGCGAAGGUGGACGAGCCCACUGACAGGACAAGCUUUCACUUCUUCUGUAGAACACAUAGCUGCAUUUUGUCCGCUGUAAGCAUGGUGGUGUGAGUGUCUUUGUACGCAUGUCAUUCUGUGUGUGGUUUUGUGUGCCUGUCGUCGGACUCUCGUGACUGUAUUGAGAAGAUACAAGUAAAAAGUGAUGAUUGAGCUGGGCCUCGCUGACGGCAGCCUGAUCGAUGAGUUGAUGGAGCUGACGGCUCAGAGCCUCAGUCACCGGGAGAUCCAGGAGCAUUUCAAUGUCGUCAAGGAGAUCGGCAGAGGGAAAUACGGCAAAGUACUGCUUGUGACACAUCGAUUCAGGGGGACUCCCAUGGCCUUGAAAGUGAUGCCCAAAGCCUCGACUAAGCUGCAGGGCUUUCUGCGAGAGUACUGCAUCUCCUUACACCUGUCCUGCCACCCCUGCAUCGUGGGCCUCUUUGGCAUCGCCUUCCAGUCUAAUGAGCACUACUGCUUUGCCCAGGAGCUUGUCAUUGGCAGGGACCUGUUUGCUGUCAUCCAACCAAAGGUCGGUAUUCCAGAAUCUUCAGUCAAACGUUGCGUCCUGCAGAUCGCCAGUGCUUUGGAGUUCAUCCACAGCCAUGGCUUGGUCCACCGUGAUGUCAAGCCUGAAAACAUUCUCCUGCUGGACAAUCAUUGCUGCCAGGUCAAGCUGGCAGACUUUGGUCUGGCCCAGAAGAGAGGCACCCUCAUACAAUUCAUCACAGGUACUCUGCCCUACAUGGCCCCGGAGCUUUGUACCAUGGCCCUGCUGGAGGGCCAGAAAGAGGCGACUGCUCCUCCACUCAGCGUUGAGCCAAGCCUGGACACCUGGGCCUUUGGCGUGCUUAUCUUCUGUAUUCUUACGGGCUAUUUCCCCUGGGAGCGCUGUAUGGACUCAGACGACUUCUACCAGGAGUUUGCUGACUGGUGCAGAAUGGAGGAGAGAUCUAAUGAUGAGGAGGACAUUCCUCCUCUGUGGAAAAAGUUCACUUCAGAAGCCAUGGAGAUGUUUGGUAAGCUCCUGGCUUUGGAUGCAGGAAACCGGUGUACAGUCGGGGAGGUGAGGGCAUAUGUGGAGAAGGACUGGCUUAAGAAAGCACAUGGGAACGGGCAGCAGAAGACGAAGAAAGAAGAAGAAAAAGACAGCAUAUCCGAAAAUACUCCAGGGCAUAGUUGGGUAGAGGAGCGUCCUUCAGCUUAGGGACUUGUGGACUGUAUUCCUGUAUAAUAUUUAGCUCCCUUAUGAUUUAACAGCAUCUGAAACUAUGGGCUCUAUCUUUAUCAUCCAAGCACAUUGUACAAAGCUCUUGAUGCUCUUUUUUACGGGGGGUGGACAUAACGUCAUGAGGUCAAGGAAAGGUGCAAAGGAGGACUCAAAGGACUUAGGAAAAGCCGACAGCGGUGCUCGGAUUUAAUCGUUUACGUUCGUGCAUGAAGCAUCACGUUACAUAUUGCUGCUGCAAUGAAUUGUGGGGCAUCUAUUUCUCCUUUCCUUUCAAAUAGGAAAGUCCAGUCUACCAUAUGCUGAAGGAGAUAGUAAAGGUUGUAGGAAAGCACCUUUCCUAAACAUUAAGAGAAUCCCAACAGCUCUUAUCAUGGCUGACGAUGAAAUACUUCAGGAUCCUUUCAAGAUUUAGGCAACUUCCUAAGCAAAGUUUAGUUUAAUGGCAGAAAAAAUGGUAACAGCGCCAGACGCAUUAUUCAAUAGGUAUGUACGUAGUUAAUUAAUCAUUGGUGUAUUUUAGGCAUAACAUGCAAUAAACCAAUCAGAGUGCAUCUCCCAUUGCAGCUGCAGGGAGAUGCACUCUGACCUGGAGAAUUUCCAAGGAGUAGGAGAUAAUGCUUCUUUGCAGAGGAAACUGUUUCCCUUUAUGCAUAAGCAGACCGUCAGUUGGUGUAACAAGCACUUGUGUUGCACACCCACCUAUGUAGGCACAUAUUAUUGUCUUGAUAAUUUGCCUUAAACUAACAGUGAAAUACUGCGCAAAUGACUCAAGAUCAGAUUUUUUUGUUGGUCAAAAGCACAAUCAUUUUCGUCUGCCUUUAGAAAUGAUCCAACAAGAAGUAUUAAUUUUAAGACCAACAUGCCCAUGAGUGGUCAGAUGGGUGCAAGUGAAGUUGCUAUUCAAACAACUUGGCACUUGGAUAAAAAAAGGACAACAGCGUUGAUCUGAAACUAGCAAAGACACUUACGUUUGUACAAUGUUUACAUUAUCCUGAUCAGGGGCACAUUGUGACCACACUAGUGUCCCCGUUAAAGAUCAUUUAACAGAGACGUCCUGUUAGAGGAACUGUUCAGCCAUACCAUACACUACUACAACUGCAACAUGUCUCAUUUACAGUAAUUCCAGUUGGCAACAUCUGUUACAUUUUUGUCUAUCCCCUUUUGUCCUGUCUGUCUCUACCAUCAGUUGUCUAAUAAAGCCCAAAGACUCCAUGGAGGGUGUGUGUCUUCACAGGGGAUGAGGUCUGUCAUGACUGAACAAAUAGUCAGUAAAGUGGAACUAUAUUGCUGCACGAAUGUGCUAAGUCUAAGAAUAGACUUAGUAAAAAACAGUUCCGACCAUGUAUCUCACACAGUUCACGUGUGUUGUAUCCUUGUUCAGAACAUUGUAUAUAUGAUGACAAGCAUGUACUGUAGAAGGUACAUUAAAAAAAGGCAUGCAUCCAUCCACUCAAUGGAUACUGGUCUGUCGUAGCCACUCUCCCGGGCAGAUAUAUCAUAUUAUCCUCUUUGAAAUUAGAUCCAUGGCCUGAGUCCGAUCUCUGCCUCACUUCACUGACCAUAAUCAACCUCUUUACCCUUGACUAUCUGCUGCAGCUGGUUCUCCACUGAUGGAUGUCUUUGGCUGGGGUGCACAGGAGGCCACAGGUGCAUACAGCCUCUGAGGAGGGCAACUUGGCACGAGGUCUGGACAUGCAUGCCCCCCCCCAUCAUGCUUUACAGCAUAUUUAGGGCAUUACACUACACCAGGGUCAUCUUUACCCUGACCUCUGGUCCUGAUUUCACAUCCAGGUCUGUCAUACAUAUGCUAAUACAGCCAAGGAAAAUCCAACCACAAAGCCUUUGUUGGCAGUCACACACAAACUAUCUGUGCUGCGCUGAAAGAAAUAACAGACCCUGUGUUCAAAAAGAUUAUAAUAAUGCUUUGCAUACCUACCCUGUGUCAACAGCUAGUAUAUUAAUCUCAUGGACUUUUAAAGUCUGGCCUUAUAUGCAGAAAAAAAUAACAUUUUAUUAGGUUUUCAGUGCAUGGCUACCGCGGUGUUAUGGGCGUGCCUGAUGGGCCUGGGA